GGGCGAAAGGUGAGAGGUUCCGGCUCGCCGUGCCCGGAAGUGUAGCAGUUGGUCGUCACUUCCGCUUCUUCCAUUCCAAGCGUCCGGCGUGCUCACGUGGAGCCCGGGAGCAAUUUUUUGUUUGUUGGGCGCCGUCGUCGCUGCCGCGCUGCGUUGCCAUGAGUCUGCCGCUGAACCCCAAGCCUUUCCUGAACGGGCUGACAGGGAAGCCCGUGAUGGUGAAGUUGAAGUGGGGCAUGGAGUACAAGGGCUACCUCGUCUCCGUCGAUGGCUACAUGAACAUGCAGCUGGCGAACACGGAGGAGUACAUUGACGGCGCCUUGUCGGGCCACCUGGGCGAGGUCCUCAUCAGAUGCAAUAAUGUCCUAUACAUCAGAGGGGUUGAAGAAGAGGAAGAAGAUGGAGAAAUGCGAGAAUAGAAGUUUGUAUAGAUGGAAAUAAAGAUCAGUUUUUUCACAA